UUCUCUGUUAGCUCAUGAAACUCUUCUUUUGCUUUUUGUGAAAACUAUACAGAUAAAGAAAGAGAGAGAGAGAGAGUGAGAUAUAUAUAUAAUCAUAUCAUGUGCCCUAAUAGUAGUGAUGAAUCUCAAACAAUUAUAAAUGGGUCUCUUGAUGAACCUUUGUUACCUAAACAAAAUGGAAUAAAUAUGAGACCACUCGUCGUUGAGGGCGGUGGAGAUGGCGGCGGUGGCGGCGGUGGUGUUGGUGGUGCCGCCACUCGCUUUUUACAAGGCUUUCUUCAAAGGUUUUUUCCGGCUAAUAGUCUUCUACGAACUCUACCCCUUAAUGAGGUGAGUGAAGAGCUAAAAUCAUUGGUGAAAAUAGCUUGGCCUAUAAUAAUGACAACCUUGCUAAUCUACUCACGUUCGAUUGUUUCAAUGCUCUUCUUGGGCCGACUUGGGAAAACUGAACUGGCUGGUGGAUCAUUAGCAUUGGGCUUUGGAAACAUCACUGGUAACUCAAUUCUUCGUGGGCUUUCAACUGGAAUGGACCCAAUUUGUUGCCAGGCCUAUGGGGCCAAAAGAUUUUCAGUACUCAGCCAUGCUUUCCAAAAAACUUUCUGCCUACUUUUACUCGUUUCCAUCCCAAUUUCGGCCCUUUGGCUCAACAUGGAGCCCAUUUGCAUCUGGUUGGGCCAAGACCCAGCUACCAUUCGAGUUGCCAAAAUCUAUAUGGCCUUUUCAGUUCCAGAGCUUCUGGCCCAAGCCCAUCUCCACCCUUUGAGAAUCUUCCUCAGAACACAAGGCCUAACUUUCCCACUCACAGUGGCUGCCACGUGUUCAGCAAUCCUUCACUUACCCAUAAAUUACUUUCUAGUCUUUCAUCUAAAAUUGGGUGUGGCUGGGGUGGCCUUGGCUCUUGCUUGGAACACAGUGAAUUUGAAUUUGGGCCUAUUGAUAUACAUUUUGUUCUCUAAUAAGCCCUUAAAGCCAUGGACUGGGCUUACAAUUUUCUCAACAUUUCAGGGCUGGGGCCCAUUACUCAAACUGGCCUUACCCAGUUGUGCUGCUGUUUGUUUGGAGUGGUGGUGGUAUGAGAUAAUGAUGUUCUUAUGUGGUAUUUUAAAAAAUCCUCAAGCUAGUUUGGCAUCUAUGGGAAUUUUGAUCCAAACCACUGGACUUUUAUAUGUAUUUCCUAUUUCAUUAAGUGCUGGCUUAACAACUCGUGUUGGGCAUGCUUUGGGCUCAGGUCAACCUGUUCGGGCCCAAUGGACUGCCAUUCUUGGGCUAGCUUUUGCAUUUGGAUUUGGGCUUUUGGCUUUGGUUUUAAUGAUUAUGGUUCGAUCUUGGUGGGGGAGAUUGUACACUGAUGAGCCUCAAGUUCUUGAUUUGCUUUCAAAAGCUUUACCAAUACUUGGGCUUUGUGAGCUUGGGAAUACACCUCAAACUGCGGCUUGUGGGGUUUUGAAUGGUAUGGCCCGGCCCAAUUUAGGUGCUAGGAUAAAUUUGUGUGCUUUUUAUGGUGUUGGAUUACCUGUUGCUGUUUUAGUUACUUUUAAAUUUAGGUAUGGGUUUUUGGGCUUAUGGAUUGGGCUUCUUUCGGCCCAAAUAUCUUGUUUGGGUAUGAUGGUUUAUGUUUUGGUCCAAACAGAUUGGAAACAUCAGAGUAAACGGGCUGAAGAAAUGGUUUCGGGUACAGAUGAGGAAAAUCAGAAGAAUCCUGAAAAAUAACAAGAAUUUAUUACAUAGUUUUUUUUUUUUAAUUAUUAUUAUUAUUUUUUAUUUUUGGAAGAGAGUUUUCAGGGAAGAAAAAAAAAAGGUUAUAAUAUCUAACUGAGUCGAAAUUUGCACCAUUUUUUUAAUAAUUUCUUUUCAGUGUUGAAAAAGAAAAAAAAAAAAGAAAAAAAGGAAUUUCUAAUUAGUAUUUUUUUUUCUUUUUUUGAAUUUGACUUGUUAGUAUGUACUUUUGUUAAUAUAUCACCUCCUCUAGGCAG